AUGUCCGCGAACCCCCCGCAUACUCUGGAAGUCCAGCUCCGACGUCUGAAUCUCGAUCCCUCGCAUGCUGCAACGCCUGCUCGCGACAUCGCCCGCCCAGCCUCGAUCGCCGACGGACAGAAUGCACCUCCCAUGUCUGAGUCGCUGCCCGCAGACGAUGGCAUGCGCCAUCUGCGGGCGCGCAUCCACGAGAUUAGGGCUCUGAAGGUUGGCGAUGUGGACAAGGCUCGCAUGAUGCAUGGCCUCAUGACGGAGCGCUACAAUUAUCUGCGGCCCACGUCGCCCAGCAGCUUUGUCUCACACGAUCGUCCCCUGACACCCACGUCGAGCCAGUCCUUCUUCUCCGAAGUCCACUACUCUUCACCCGUUUCCGUCGCGUCCGACAUCGACCCAGACAAUCCUUUUAACCUGCGGCCUGGUGACACGUCGCCUACAUACCGGCCUCAGCCAACGCACCCUAGCCCGGACGGUGCUAUCGAAGACGAGGAGGCCGAGUUGUUCGAGGAGGAAUCCUCAUUUGGUUGCGAGCACUACAAACGCAACGUCAAGGUCCAAUGCUUCGAAUGUCGGCGAUGGUAUACUUGCAGGCACUGCCACGAUGCAGUAGAAGGUCACAACUUGGACCGGAAGAACACUCAGAACAUGCUGUGCAUGGCUUGUGGCACCCCACAGAAGGCUACUGAGUACUGUACGCAAUGCGGAAUGCAGUCAGCAUGCUACUACUGCGACAUCUGCAAGCUGUGGGACAACAACAGCAGUAAAAAGAUCUACCACUGUCCUGAUUGCGGCAUUUGUAGACGGGGCGAGGGGUUGGGCAAAGACUAUGUGCACUGCAAGAAUUGCAAUGUGUGCAUAUCGAUAGCCUUCGCCACAACGCACAAGUGCAUUGAGCGCGCUACUGACUGCGACUGCCCUAUAUGCGGAGAAUAUCUGUUCAACUCUUCCACGGCCGUUGUGUCCAUGCCAUGUGGCCAUUACUUACACAAGGACUGUUACAACCAGUACAUGGAAACCGCAUACAAGUGCCCCACAUGCAAGAAGAGCGCUGUCAACAUGGAGCUGCAAUGGCAAAAGCUGACUCAAGCCAUUGAGAGCCAACCUAUGCCUGAGCAAUUUGUCAACACACGUGCAAUCAUUCAGUGCAAUGAUUGCGCAGCAAAGUCCUCUGUUAAGUACCAUUGGCUUGGCAACAAGUGCAACUCCUGCGACUCAUACAACACCAACGAGCUCCGCAUCCUGAACGGACCAGAGAGCGAAGAAACUGCGAACGCAAUUCUCAACGCAGACAGCGACGAAUACUCUGGAGCUCGAUCGCCAAUCAGCAUCAGCUCGCCUGCGUCCUUACCUCUUCGUUCUCCGCGUUAUUACUUUCAACCCGACGAGCCGGAACAAACAUGGCUACCUGGCCAACUUCCGUCUUUCCCGUUCCAAAUACCUCAGUUUCCGGGCAUGCCUUCGGGACAGCUGCCAUCAUUCCCGUUCCAGAUGCCGCAGUUUCGGGGUAUGCCACAAUUUGCAGGCAUGCCUCGCAUGCCCGAGAUGCCGCAGAUGCCUCAGAUGCCGGACCCGUCCGAACUGCUAGAUCGCGUCCGUCGUUCUUUCGACUACUAUCUCAACCCUACCGGCGAGAUCCCUAACGAAGCCGUGCCUAUCAUCGACUUAGACGAAGAGCCACGCGAAACGCAAGCCACAGACGGCACAACCGUCCAGCUGCCCGCUCUCCCCCAAUACAUUCUUGAACGUUUCAACCGCUCGAUAUUACCCCUGCGCAAUUAUUUGAACCCCGCUAUCGACCAGAUUCCCACACUGGAUCUGUCUGAGGAUCGCGAUGCAAAUGGCAUGCAGUUCUGGGGUGAAGAUGGCGGACUAUUUGACCGAUUCCUGUCCGGUGGUGAGGAACGGGACGAUGAAAGUAGUAGUGACGAGAGCGAACAUGAAGAGGAUGAGGGCGAGGCUGAAGAAGACGACGAUGACGAUAACGACAUUGACUUACCAGGACAUCGGUGA